GAAAAGUAAAACCCAUAGAGAACUAACGCUGAAAUCAGGAAAUAAAAUGUCAAACAGACAGCUGAGGAAAACUCUUACCAAAAAACAACUGUGAAGCAGAAGAAAAUGGAAUCCUAAAAACAGCCCUCCAAGAUUUCCUGCACCAGGACUGUGAAACUGAUGAGAUAUAACACCUGUGAUUUGUUGUGUUAAAUGGCAAAAGGGAGAUUAUCCAGGUGCAUGGGAACACAUGGGAAAGAAUACAGCUGAGAGUGGCCCCAGGUGACAGCAAGCAAGGAAUGGAGACUUCAUUGCUACAACCACAAGGAGUUGAAUUCUGCCAGUAACAGGAAUGGAAGAUGACCUGGAGCACCAGAUGAAAACAGAACAGCUGACACCUGAGCAGUCAGUGCACCUGGCUUAUGGAUUUCAGCCUCAGCAGAGAAUCCAGUCAUGCUGUGCCAGACUUCUGAGCUACAGAACUGUGACCUAGGUGUUGUUUAAAGCUGCUUAUUUGUGAAUCAUCCCCAGGUGUGACAGAGGUGACCAUCAUAGACAAGGCGCCUGCUGAACGUCAUAUGAUUUCUUCAUGGGAACAAAGAAAUAACUGUGUGCUGCCUGAGGAUCUGAAAAGCUUUUACCUGAUGACCAAUGGCUUCCACAUGACAUGGAACGUGAAGCUGGGUGAACAUACCAUUCCAUUGGGCAGCAUGGCAAUUAACAGCAUCUCAAAACUGACUCAACUCAACCAGUCUUCCCUGUACUCACUUCCUAACGCACCAACUCUUGCAGACCUGGAGGACGAUACACAAGAAGCUAGUGAGAGCCAGCCAGAGAAGCCUCACUUUGAUUCUCGCAGUGUAAUAUUUGAGCUGGAUCCUUGCAACGGAAAUGGGAAGGUUUGCCUUGUCUACAAAAGAGGGAAACCAGCAUUAGCACAAGACACUGAGAUCUGGUUCCUGGACAGAGCAUUAUACUGGCAUUUUCUCACAGAUACCUUUACUGCCUAUUAUCGCCUGCUUAUCACCCACCUGGGCCUGCCCCAGUGGCAGUAUGCUUUCACCAGCUAUGGCAUUAGCCCACAGGCCAAGCAAUGGUUCAACAUGUAUAAACCCAUCACCUACAACACAAACCUACUCACGGAAGAGACCGACUCCUUUGUGAACAAGCUGGAUCCCAGCAAAGUGUUCAAGAGCAAGAACAAGACCUUAAUCCCCAAAAAGAAAGGGCCUGUUCAGCCUGCAGGUGGCCAGAAAGGGCCUGCAGGUCCUCCUUCCACCUCUAAAUCCUCCUCUGGCUCUGGAAACCCUGUCCGAAAAUAAACGCUCCACCUCCAGCUCCCUGCCAGCCCCACAGCGACGAUUUCCAUGCACAGAUGCCCCAGGCGUGGCCCAAGCCUCAGAUUGUGUGUGGAACCAUAGUCCUCUCCCCAUCUGAGUGACAAAAUCCUAGGCCUUUUUUACUGCCAUUGGCUUGAGCCAGGACUUGGAAAGGCAUACUCAGCUCUCCCCAAGAAUCCUUCUCUCAUACCCCUUACAGCAGGUUGUGCCACCUACUGAUUCUGGAAGCUGUGGCGAAUGUAAGGUGUUGUGUAAGUGACUAAGUAGAUCUGUUAAGAGCUUUCUUCUCUUUUUACUCCAGCCCCCUACCCCUCAGCAGUAAUUAGAGAAGUCCCCCAUAGAAACCACUGGUUUUGACCUAUGAAGCAUUAGAACUAUGCUGCUCAAUUGGUAGCCACUUUUUAAAGCAGCUAAAUUUAAGCCAUGUUAAAAAUUCAGUUCCUCAGUUAUAUUAGCCACAAUGGGAGUAUUCAUGUGGCUAGUGGAUUCUGUAUUAGCACAGAGAUGAUCAAACGUUUCUAUCAUCACAGAAAGUUCUAUUGGGCAGCACUGCAUUAGAAUACUUUUGCAUUACCCUUCCUCAGCUCAGUUAAUUUUUGUUAGAGAAUAUGGAUACCUUAAUUUGAUGGGUUAUAAUGUUCCAUGAAAAACCUUGAAUAUACAUUUUUAUGUUCUUUAUAUCCUUCACCACAAAGAUCUUGUGUUGCUCAUUUUCAGUUUCCUAUAGUUUCUCAUCUUCAUCGGUUUCCUAUAAAGCUUCUUGUUUCCAGUUUUGUGAUGUGAUGUUUGCACAUUUGCCAAAAUUAUCUUUUUCACUUUUUUUUAAAAGAAGAAGAGGUGAUUCUGCUGUACCAUUAAAACCAAAACAAAAUAAAAUCUCCCAAGCAUU